GCCCAGCCUUAAACCCACCCGAUAACCCAGCACCACCACGAACCAGCGUCGGGUCGACGUCCAGUGGCCUCAGCAACGGCCAUGCAGUCCAUGCCAUUGCUGCUCAGGCAGUCCUUCAAAUCCAGCCUCAACCUCACCCGAACAACCCGCCCGGUACGACGGCCGCUUCUUCCCGCCGUUGGCCCGAAAGCCCUUUACCCUGCACCGCGGAACUUCUCUAUCUGCCUUCAAUGUCAAUUCCGAACCCAAUCAUCGCUCUACUCGUCCGAUCCCCUGAAAGACGGGAAGACUAAUGAGCAGCCGAAAGAAGAUGCACCUCCAACCUCCACAACUUUCCCCCCUGAGGGGAAGCAGAACCUAGAGGCCGAUGCGGGGAGUCAGGCGAUUCCGCUUCCUCCUCCUUCUCCUCCCCCGGUCACGGAGGCAGGGGAGAGUGCCACGAGCCAGCAGCAAGAAGAGAAAGCCGAAGCCAGUACCGAGAGGAAAACAGAGAGUGGAGGCCUUCCGUCAUACUUGGAGAAUCGCAGGUCGCAAUUUUCCAAGCAGUUCAGUGAUAUGAUGGAUAACCUGCAAUCGAACAUAUUCGUGGCAGGCCAGCGAUUGAACGAUCUGACAGGCUAUUCGGCGAUCGAGACAUUGAAGAGGGAAAUCCACACUCAAGAGGAAAGACUCCGCACAGCCCGUCUCCAAGUCCGCACCGCAAAAGACGCAUACGCAGCCGCCAUCAAUCGACGAUCGACCUCCCAGCGCGAAGUGAACGAGCUCCUCCAACGCAAACAUGCCUGGUCACCCGUCGAUCUGGAACGAUUCACCCACCUCUACCGCAACGACCACACCAACGAGGUAGCCGAGCACGAAGCACAGGAGGCAUUGACCCAGGCCGAACGCGAAGCCGAAGAGUCCGCAGCACAACUGAGCAAGAGCAUUCUAUCCCGCUACCACGAGGAGCAAGUCUGGUCCGACAAGAUCCGUCAAAUGAGUACAUGGGGCACCUGGGGUCUAAUGGGAGUCAACGUUCUCCUAUUCCUUAUCUUCCAGAUCGCCGUGGAACCCUGGCGCCGGAAGAGACUCGUCAAGGGCUUUGAGGAGAAGGUCAUCGAAGCCAUUGAGAAGGAAAAGGCCCUUGGCCCGGUCCAGAUCGUCGCCGCUCAGACCGAGAAUGUCUCGGCCCAGGAAUCGACAUCAUUAACCACGCCCUCCUCCGAGACCACCGAGACUGAUGAGCCAACCGCAUCCGCAUCGGCUCCUGAAUUAGAACCCACCCCCGAAGGCACCGUUCUAAUCGAGACCGCCGAGCCAACAGAAGUAAUCGACUCCGACCCGGUCGACAUCCCACCACCACCACCACCACGGCCUCUACCUAGCCUCACCGACAAACCCACCCUAGACAACCUUCGGGACCAUUGCAAACUGCACCUCUCCCGCGUGUCCCCGGUUGUCGAGUCCUGGCGCCUAUACAUCCACGACCUCUUCAGUGACCGCCAAGUGGUGAUCACGCAACGGGACCUCUCGACCGUUGCUCUCCAGGGCGCUGCUGCCGGCGCCGCAGUGAUCGGUGUAUUGGUCACUGUACUUAUUCGCCAACGAUGACGAGUUUCAUUGUAUAGGUAACCAGUGUAAUUUAUCAUGUGAGGUUAAUCUCCCGAUUUAGACGUACAGAAAAGAAAAUGUACAGACAAUUGUAUCAAUAGAC